AAAGCUCGCUGAGGUCGCGACGGCCAUGAGGGUCAUGCUGGCGGUUUCGGACAGGGCUCGUCUUUAUACCGAAGCCUAUUUCCGACUUAAAAGAAGGCUCUACAUGCAUCUAGUCCAGGUGAAUUGCAGAACUGCGGAAGAAGAUUCGACCAUAAACAGGACCGACAUGAGCCAUCAGAUACACGCGGACAACUGUCAGUACCAGGACAACGCCAGCUGCCCAGUGUUGAUCUUGGAUUUCGGGUGGCGCGACUUCAGCGCCGCUGUUUACCUCAACGACGACGCACACGGCGGAGAGCUAGUGUUCGCCACGACACCUCGCACGAGCGUACGGUCCAUCGUCCGGCCGAAGUGCGGCAGAAUGGUGUCCUUCAACAGCCGCAACCCUCACGGCGUCCUGCCAGUGUUCUCCGGUCGCCGAUGCGCAGUACUGGUGUGGAUGACGCACACCAGGGAGCGCCAGGAAGCCAACAGGGUUGAGAUCGAAAACGCACUCGGCUACAGCGUGGCUAACAGCAGCCACCGAUACGUAUGAGUACUCGCAACGACUCUGCUUCCAAGGAUACCGCUGGGCGUCUGCAGUCCGUACUGCGCUGCUGCCGAUACCCUGACACCGGACAAUGCGUGCCCAUGCUUAAACUUUACUUUUGUUGACCUCGUUUUAACUUUUUCAAUAUCUCGCUGCAAAUAGCUCACCUUUUGAUGUGUGUCAUUCCCUUUAUUUUGGGGAGAUUUAUGCGUGAUUGCGUUAAGACUUUCUUUUCUACAUAAACGUCCUACAGAAGCUCACACAAGACAGUGUCAUACGUGUAUCCACUGCCCCUGCCUUCGCUGAAGGAGAAAAAACUAAAGGCCGUACCUUCAUCACGCUGUCUGUGA